CACAGUAGUGUGGAUUGCUCGGGGUAGCAGAUUAGUGCAGAGGAAAGAGGCUGCAGACAGAGACCUUUGGAACUGUUGUGUUCUGCAUUUGGUGGAAACGCCUGUUUAUUGUGUACUUUUUGGAUACUGCAUAAGAAGUGCAAAAGGGGAUCGAAAUGAAAUCUCCCAAAGUGAAAACGCAGAAGAAAUCACAUUUUCCAGAGGAGGACGACGGUUUGAGCGCGGUUCUUUGCGAGUUCGAUGCAGUUAUUGAAGACUUCUCAUCACCUGUACACAAGAGGCACUUCAGAUACGAUGAACAUCUAAAAACCAUGAAAAGAAGGAGUAGCGCCAGCGUCAGUGACAGCGGCAUCAGCGAUUCAGAGAGUGCAGACUGCCUUUAUAGAAACAGCUUCAGCUUCAGUGAUGAAAAGCUGAACUCCUCGACUGUGUUUCCACCCACGCUGGCCUCCUCCUCCUCAUCCCCCAGAGCAAAGCUUGGCGACACAAAAGAACUAGAAGACUUUAUUGCCGAUCUUGACAGAACGUUAGCAGAUAUGUGAAGGGAAGAUGGUCGGCACCAGUUCACGGAAUGAAGUGGGGAGGGGAGGGGAGGGGCACAGAAUCUAAGAAGGACACGUGUGGAAAUACAGGCUCUUUGGACUUGAGGAUAUGCAUGUGUUGCACGCAUGCUUAUCUAAUGCUUUCGUUCUGUGAAUAUAAAAAGUAGUGCUCCUGUGCAUGAUAGUAAAGACUCUGCAACAUGUAUUUUACAGCUGACACGACCUACAAGUUGUAAUGGGGCUGUGCUAUAUUUUUACUCAAAACUUGGAGCGUGAAUAUAAUUUAAAUAGCUUUUUAUAGAAAUAUAUUUAAAAUUUUAUAGAGUUGUAAUUUUAUUAAUGAUUUAGUUUUUUUUUUUUUUCAUUGAAAUAUAUUUUUGUAUCUUGAAUAAAUCUUGAUUCAGAUUCUAA